CGGCGCUUUGGUGGAGUUUGACGUGGCACUCUGCUUUCACACAGUGAAGAGGACUCUGCCCAAUAUUCAGGUUGUCAACACAUUCAUCCUGGCAUGAGAAGACAGUAACAUCCCAUCAGAAUGAGUCAACAGGGUUAUGUUGCUGCACCCCCAUACUCCCAGGCUCAGCCAGGGAUGGGGGGCUACCAAGGUGGAUUUGGAGCCGGUCCUGCACAGCCCCUCUAUGGGCACUAUGGGGGUCCGCCUCAGGCCUUCACCGCUCCACCAACAGGUAUGAUGAAAUCACCAGUUUCCUCUGCCGCCGGUAUGCCUCCACCUCCAGCGCCCAGUCAGUACAAUCCAAAUGUCCAGCAGAAUGGUGCACAUCCACAAAGAUACCCCGCUCCACCAGCUGUUUCUGCUUCUUAUGGACAACCCCUACAGUCCCCGUACAGCAACAUGGCCUCUCCGGCGCCGCCUCCAGCACAGCAGCUCAACAAUCAGAUGAGUGCUAUGAACCUGGGCAAUUAUGCCUCAGGUCCCAUGCAGAGCCCUCCUCCUCCAACAAGCUCUGUCGCCCAGCAGCCUUUCCAAACAGCCCCUCCACCAGCAAUGGGCCAGCCACUGAUGCCUCCAGGCCCGCAGUCACCCCACAUGUCCCCUCACAUGUCUCCACUCCAGUCACCCCCAGCGGGAAUGCCAAUGGCAGGCCCUCAAAUGGCAGGCCCCCAAAUGGCAGGCCCCCCGAUGGCAGGCCCACCGAUGGCCGGCCCACCAAUGGGAGGCCCACCCAUGUCAGGCAUGGGUCGACCCUUCCCUGGGCCGCCUGCUCUUGGUCCCGGAGGCUUCCAGCAGCAGCCUGGUCCCGGAGCCGUUGGUCCAGCAGGAUACCCACAGCAAGCAGGUCAGUUUGGGGGACACAUGACUGGGCCUCAGCCAGGCAUGCCAGGGGCCUUUCCUGGUGCCCCAGGGGCCUUUCCUGGGCCCCAGGGGCCUUUCCCUGGGGCCCCAGGGGCCUUCCCUGGGACACCAGGUGGACUGGCGGGACCACCUCAGAAGAAACUGGACCCUGACUCUAUCCCCAGCAUCACUCAGGUCAUCGAGGAUGACCAAGCAAAACGGGGCGGACAGGUCUACAACACAAACGCCAGAGGACAGGUUCCACCUCUGGUCACCACUGAGUUCCCAGUACAGGACCAAGGCAACGCCAGCCCCAGGUUCAUACGCUGCACCACCUACUCCCUGCCCUGCACCGCAGAUCUGGCCAAACAGUGCCAAGUGCCCCUGGCUUCCAUCAUUAAACCCUUUGCCAGCGUGCCAAAGAAUGAGACUCCUCUGUAUGUUGUGAACCACGGUGAGACCGGCCCAAUCCGCUGCAAUCGAUGCAAGGCCUACAUGUGUUCCUACAUGCAGUUUAUCGACGGGGGGCGUCGCUACCAGUGUGGAUUCUGCAACUGCGUCAAUGAAGUGCCAGUCUUCUAUUUCCAACAUCUGGACCACAUGGGCCGGAGGGUGGACUUCUACGAGAGGCCUGAGCUGUCUCUGGGAUCCUACGAGUUUGUAGCCACGCUGGACUACUGCAAGAACAACAAGCCUCCGAAUCCUCCCGCCUACGUCUUUAUGAUCGACGUGUCCUACAACAACGUGAAGAGUGGACUGGUCAAACUGAUAUGUGACGAGCUGAAGACUCUACUGGAGAAUCUGCCCAGUGAGGAAGGCAUGGAGAGCUCUGCCAUUAAGGUCGGCUUCGUCACCUACAACAAGGUCCUGCACUUCUACAACGUCAAGAGCGCUCUGGCCCAGCCGCAGAUGAUGGUGGUCUCAGACACAGCCGAGAUGUUUCUCCCGCUGCUCGACGGCUUCCUCGUCAACUAUCAGGACUCCAGGGCUGUUAUCUCCAACCUCCUGGACCAGAUCCCUGACAUGUUUGCAGACACCAACGAGAGUGAAACGGUCUUUGUUCCCGUCAUCCAGGCCGGCGUGGAGGCGUUCAAGGCAGCAGAGUGCAGCGGAAAGCUCUUCAUCUUCCACUCCUCCAUGCCCACUGCUGAGGCUCCUGGAAAACUGAAGAACAGGGAUGACAAGAAGCUGGUCAACACCGAGAAAGAGAAAACCCUGUUCCAGCCUCAGAAAGGAGUUUAUGAGCAGCUGUCGAAGGACUGUGUGGCACAGGGCUGCUGUGUGGAUCUCUUCCUCUUCCCCAAUCAGUACGUGGACGUGGCGACGAUGGCCGACGUGUCCUCGCACACCGGAGGCUCCGUCUACAAGUACAACAACUUCCAGGUGGAGACUGAUGGGGAGCAUUUCCUGAGAGACCUGAGGAAAGACGUGCAGAAGAGCAUCGGGUUUGAUGCCAUCAUGCGUGUUCGCACCAGCACAGGUUUCAGAGCCACAGAGUUCUUUGGAGCCGUCCACAUGAACAACACCACAGAUAUCGAGAUGGCAGCCGUGGACUGUGACAAAGCUCUGACGGUGGAGUUCAAACACGACGACACGCUCAGCGAGGAGACUGGAGCGCUCAUGCAGUGUGCCUUGCUGUACACCACCAUCAAUGGACAGCGACGUCUCCGCAUCCACAACCUCAGUCUGAACUGCAGCUCGCAGCUGUCGGAGCUUUACAAGAGCUGCGAGACCGACUCGCUCAUCAACUUCUUUGCCAAAUCAGCUUGCCGUGCCAUGUUGAACCAGCCUCUGAAGAGCGUGAGGGAGAUCCUGGUCAACCAGACGGCCCACAUGCUGGCCUGCUACAGGAAGAACUGUGCCAGCCCAUCCGCUGCCAGCCAGCUGAUCCUGCCUGACGCCAUGAAGGUGUUUCCGGUGUACAUGAACAGCCUCAUGAAGUCCGCUCCUCUGGUGGGCAGCACGGAGCUCUCCACAGAUGACCGAGCCCAUCAGAGGCUGUCCAUCAUGGCCCUGGGGGUGGAGGACACGCAGCUGCUGCUCUACCCACGCCUCACCCCACUGCACAACAUGGACGUCAGCAGCGAGGCUCCGCCCGCUCCAGUGCGCUGCUCGGAGGAGCGUCUCACAGACUCCGGCAUGUUCCUGCUGGAGAACGGACACUCCAUGUUUCUGUGGCUGGGCCAGGCGAGCCCUCCGGACCUCAUCCAGAGCAUCUUCAACCUGCCCUCCCUCGCACACCUGCAAGGAAACUUGAGUGAGCUGCCAGAACUGGACAACCCGCUGUCCAACAAGGUCCGAUCCAUCAUCAGCGGCCUGAUCGAGAAGAGGCCGAACUCUAUGAAGCUCCAAAUCGUGAGGCAGAAGGACAAACCGGAGAUGUUGUUCCGUCAGUUCCUGGUGGAGGAUAAGAGCCUGCACGGCGGAGCUUCCUACAUGGACUUCCUUUGCUACGUUCACCGAGAGAUCAGGCAGCUGCUCACCUAACCUUUCCCUCUCAUGGACCCUGCACAAAGCUCACAGGGUCAGUCUCAGUCGAAUCUUCUACAAAGACGGGAAGAAACCAGAAGCCAGAAGCCUUUUGAGAUUUAACCCGAGAGUCCAAAGCUGCCUUUCCAACAUGCUUUCAGUGUCCACACAGUAUGAUCUUCAAAUAGCCACUUGUCACUUGAGGAACUUCUAAAACAUGAACGCAUCGAGCACGGACUGUAGAGCUCAGUCCCAGGAUGCAAUGCGUUUCAUAAGCAAUACACCAGAAAUCUCCAGUUUCACAGGAUCCAGACAAGAGGGUAUUUGUGGACGAUACUGCAGGUUCACUUUGUUAUACAGGACUUUGUCCCAUAAAGACUGAAUAUGUCUCAUUUAAAUAUAUAUAAAUAAAUGCUUAAAGAAAUUUUACAAUAUUUAAACGACUUAUAAAGGCUUCUCCAUUCUUUCACACUUUCGCUGUCCUCGUGGAACAUGUACUAAAUCAGUGUAUUCAUCAUUUAGCAGAAACAACGCUGAAAGGUUAUUACCGUCCUUACACACACACACACACGCACACGCACACACGCACACACACCAAAGAAAAUCAGAUUCUUUGAAGAUUCAUAGACUUGAUCUUCAGCGACGCAGAAAACGUUUCCGUGUCCUGAGAUUACAAAGAACACAUCUGUUGCUCUGCAGAGAGCAAACUCGUGUCCUGACACUUCUUUUGUACACAAGUAGGAACUGAAGUAAAAUAAAAAGGAUGCUGAAGGGAACGGACUGCUAAUGUUUUAGGGACCAAAUAUAAAACCGUCACAACAAGGGACAGAAAUAAUGAUCUGCUCUUGUUGGUAGUGAUUUAUACAUUCGACUUGAGUCAAGAGUCGGGACAAUAGAAAUCAUCAGUUACGUUGGACAGGGCUGCAAAUUCAAGAUUAUUGUUAUCAAUUAAUCCACCGAUUAUCUUCUAGAUUAAACGUUUGGUAUAUAAAGUUUCUCAGUACUCACUUUAUUAUGAUAUCAAAAUGUUUGAGGCUGAAACCAGAACUUUCUGACAUUUUGUACGAAAGAUGACAUAAAGGAUGAAAUGGAUUCUUCUUCUGCGGACCGUCGUCGCAGCUCUCAAGACUUUAGUGUAAAAGAAGGUCAAGGUUCAGCCCAAAGCGCGACACCAGCGACUAUAAUCCGUCUGUCGAUGAUUUGUAACAUUUCCGUGUCGAGUACAGCGACGGCAUCGCUCUGUAUUAUAAUCGCCUCGGUGUAAUUCAUGUCUGCAUUUGAUAAAUAUUGUACAAUUUUGUGAUUGUGUGGCCAACGAAAAGUCUUUUUGUACAUGAAAUACUUUCAGAAUAUUACCAUCUGCCUUAAGUUGAUAUAAAAAUAGUUGUUGAAAUAUAUGUAUAGAUAUACGUCCUCGAGGUCUAUGGCUGAUUUCAAUCUUUUUGGUUUGUAUGCAAACUUAUCUCAGGUAAUUGAGUACCUUACUAUUUUAAGUUGGAACAAGUGAUUGAAGUCAAGUGGAAAGAUGCACGGUUCUGUUUCAGAGUUGACGUUUGGACCUUCAUGGGCUCCGUGUGCCAUGUGUAUUUUAUUCCAGACCCUCAGCAAAUUUUGUCCGAAUUAAAUUCUUGACAUAA